UAACCCGAAAACCCUUCUCUGUUUCCCUCUCCCUCUCCGACUAAACACAGAUAUACGAACGCUAUCUCAACAUUUGUGUAUAUUUUUCACAUUUCUUCACUCGAUUCAUCUCUGUAAUCAUCCAAAUCUAACGUGACAAGAUGAGCGGCGCUGAUAAUUGGAGGAGAGAUCGGAGGGAUACUCGGAUUUCAAAGAAGCAGAAGCUGAUUCUGAACUCAGGGGAGCAGCUCGAGUCGAGGCUCGGCUACGAUCUCUUCAAUGAAGGAGAUAAACGCCUCGGGUGGCUACUCACUUUAGCUUCUUCAUCUUGGGAGGAUCAGGAGACGCGUAAAAUGUACAGCUGUGUUGAUCUUUAUUUCGUAUGUCAGGAUGGUUCGACAUUUAAGACCAAAUAUAAGUUCCGGCCAUAUUUUUAUGCAGCCACCAAGGAUAAAAUGGAAAUUGACGUUGAGGCUUAUUUGAGAAGGCGAUAUGAAGGACAAAUUGCGGACAUUGAAAUUGUUGAAAAAGAGGAUCUUGAUCUUAAAAAUCACCUAUGCGGCUUACGAAAGUCUUAUUUAAAGAUAUCUUUUGAUACUGUUCAACAAUUGAUGCACGUGAAGAAUGAUCUGAUUCACAUCGUUGAAAGAAAUCUAGCAAAGUUUGACGCUGAAGAAGCAUAUGAAUCCAUAUUGACUGAAAAAAGAAAGCAACGACCUCAAGACUUUCUAGACUGUAUUAACGAUCUUCGUGAGUAUGAUGUACCUUACCAUGUUCGGUUUGCCAUCGACAAUGAUUUAAGAUGUGGGCAGUGGUAUGAUGUCAGUGUAUCCAGUGCUGGGGUUACGCUAGAUAGAAGAACAGAUCUGUUGCAACGAGCUGAAGUUCAUGUUUGUGCCUUUGAUAUUGAGACCACAAAGCUUCCUUUAAAAUUUCCAGAUGCUGAAUAUGAUUCAGUAAUGAUGAUAUCAUACAUGGUAGAUGGUCAAGGGUAUCUCAUCAUUAAUAGAGAGUGCGUUGGCGAAGACAUAGAGGAUUUAGAGUACACUCCAAAACCAGAAUUUGAAGGGUGUUUUAAAGUUACGAAUGUGAAAAAUGAGGAAGAGCUUCUUAGAUUGUGGUUUUCCCAUAUGCAAGAGGUAAAGCCUGGUAUCUAUGUCACAUACAACGGUGACUUUUUCGACUGGCCAUUUCUAGAAAACAGAGCAGCUCAUCAUGGUCUCAGAAUGAACGAUGAACUUGGAUUUCAAUGUGACAAGAAUCAAGGAGAAUGUCGUGCCAAAUUUGCUUGCCAUUUGGACUGUUUUGCAUGGGUCAAACGUGAUAGUUAUCUCCCUCAAGGCAGUCAAGGCUUGAAGAUGAUGGCAUCCUAUUCUGUUUCGGAUGCUGUCGCAACUUAUUACUUGUAUAUGACAUAUGUACACCCCUUCAUUUUCUCGCUUGCUACCAUAAUUCCGAUGCCACCAGAUGAGGUUUUACGAAAAGGAAGUGGGACUCUCUGCGAAAUGCUUCUUAUGGUCCAGGCAUAUAAAGCAAAUGUUAUCUGUCCUAACAAGCACCAAUCUGAUCCAGAGAAGUUCUACAACAAUCAACUCCUUGAGAGUGAGACAUACAUUGGUGGUCACGUGGAAUGUCUCGAAAGUGGUGUUUUUAGAUCUGAUCUUCCAACUAGUUUUAAACUUGAUCCAUCCGCUUAUGAGCAACUGAUCAACAAUCUUGACCGCGACCUGCAAUAUGCUAUUAGAGUAGAGGGAAAGUUGGACUUGGAAUCAGUUUUAAAUUAUGAAGAAGUGAAGAAUGCUAUCAUGGAAAAGCUUAUGAGGUUGAAAGAUGAACCUAUACUUGAAGAAUUCCCUCUUAUAUACCAUCUUGAUGUUGCUGCAAUGUAUCCAAACAUCAUAUUGACAAACAGGCUACAGCCUCCAUCAAUAGUUACAGAUGAAGUAUGUACUGCAUGCGACUUCAAUCGUCCUGGAAAAAAAUGCCUAAGGAAGCUUGAAUGGGUUUGGCGUGGAGAGACGUACAUGGCAAAGAGAAGUGAUUACCAUCAUCUAAAGAGGCAACUUGAGUCUGAGCUUGUUGAUAGCAUAACUGGGCAACUUGCAAAAUCUUUCCUUGACCUACCUAAAGCAGAACAACAGAUGAAGCUCAAAGAGCGUCUUAAGAAAUAUUGCCAAAAGGCAUAUAAAAGAGUACUUAACAAACCAGUCACUGAACUUCGAGAGGCGGGGAUCUGUAUGCGUGAAAACUCAUUCUAUAUUGAUACUGUUCGCAGUUUUCGAGAUAGAAGGUACGAAUACAAAGGGCUCAACAAAGUUUGGAAGGGAAAGUUGUCUGAAGCAAAGUCAAGUGGAAAUUCUAUCAAAAUCCAGGAAGCUCAAGACAUGGUGGUGCUCUAUGAUUCAUUGCAACUAGCACACAAAUGUAUUCUCAACUCCUUCUAUGGAUAUGUCAUGCGCAAGGGUGCAAGAUGGUACUCAAUGGAAAUGGCAGGAGUUGUUACGUACACUGGAGCAAAAAUUAUUCAGAACGCUCGCUUGUUGGUUGAAAGAAUUGGAAGGCCACUUGAAUUAGACACUGAUGGUAUCUGGUGCGCCCUACCGGGGUCAUUCCCAGAGAACUUCACUUUCAAGACGAAAGACCCAAAGAAGAAGUUGACGAUAUCAUAUCCUUGUGUUAUGCUUAAUGUAGAUGUGGCUAUAAACAAUACUAAUGAUCAGUACCAGACGCUAAAAGAUCCGGUCAAUAUGACCUAUGUGACACAUAGUGAAUGCUCAAUUGAAUUCGAGGUGGAUGGGCCCUAUAAGGCUAUGAUUCUUCCUGCUUCCAAGGAAGAAGGAAUUCUGAUUAAGAAGCGUUAUGCAGUUUUUAAUGAUGAUGGUACACUAGCAGAGCUGAAGGGUUUUGAGAUCAAGCGUAGAGGCGAGCUAAAGCUCAUCAAAGUUUUCCAGGCUGAACUAUUCGAUAAGUUUCUGCAUGGGUCAACUUUAGAAGAAUGCUAUUCUGCUGUUGCUUCUGUUGCAAACCGUUGGCUUGAUCUUCUUGAUAAUCAAGGGAAAGAUGUAGCGGAUAGUGAGUUGCUUGACUACAUAUCUGAAUCAAGCACAAUGAGCAAGUCCUUAGCAGACUAUGGUGAACAAAAGUCAUGUGCAGUGACCACAGCAAAGCGUCUUGCUGAUUUCCUCGGGGAUGCAAUGGUAAAAGACAAAGGAUUGCACUGCCAGUAUGUAGUUGCAUGUGAACCCAAGGGAACCCCAGUAAGUGAGCGCGCUGUUCCAGUUGCCAUUUUUGAAACCAAUGCCGAAAUUAUGAAGUUCUAUGUGAAAAAGUGGUGCAAAAUUUCAUCAGACAUUGGGAUCCGGUCCAUUAUUGAUUGGUCAUACUACAAACAACGGCUUAGUUCAGCAAUUCAGAAAAUUAUAACUAUUCCUGCUGCAAUGCAAAAGAUUGCGAAUCCUGUUCCAAGAGUUGUUCAUCCUGAUUGGUUGUAUAAAAGGGUUCGUGAAAAGGAGGACAAAUUUCGCCAGCGAAAAUUGGUUGAUAUCUUCAGUGUGGAGAAAAGAGAUGAUGCAGUAAGUGCCAAUAAUGAUCUUGAUACCACUAAUCACAAAAUAGGCGAGAGUAAUGUCAUAGACUUGGAAGACUUCAGGAGCAAUAGAAAAACUUCUCUUGUCAGGCCUCGACCUAUUGUUCAUGCCUAUGGAAUCAACAAUGAAAUGAGUCGAAGCAAAACAAGUUUUCAAGUAGAAAGUCCAGAACAAAUUGAUUUUGGUGGAAAUGGAUGUAUGGCCUCAAAGCAACCACUACAAACUGUUUUCAUCAAAGAGAAUAUUGACAGGAAUGUUGAUUAUGAAGGAUGGCUUGAAUUAAGGAAGAGAAAGUGGAAAGAGACUCGAGAGAAAAGGAAGCGUCAAAGGUUGGACAACUCAAGCACAUUUAAUCUGAUGAAUGGUGUUGCUGACAAGCGUAGUAGCUUUGUCAAUCACAAACAGCCUCAAGGAAAAACAGGGGUCAAUUCCUAUUUUGAGAGACAUGAUUUAGCACUUAUGCGCUCCCACUGGCAGAUUAUCCAGAUUGUACCCAGUUCGCAGCAUGGCCAUUAUUUUGCUUGGGCAGUUAUUGACGGAAACAUGUGUAAAAUUCCCAUACUUGUCCCCAGAGUAUUUUACCUCAAUUCUAAAGCUCCUGUGACGGAAGAAUUCCCUGGAAGGUGUGUCAAUAAGAUUCUUCCCCAUGGACGUCAUAGCUACAAUUUGAUUGAGGUUAUAAUUGAUGAAGACCAAUUUAAGUCCGAAAGCAAGAAAUUAGCAGCUCACCUUGCAGAUCCUGAAGUUGAGCUUAUGAGGUUGAAAGAUGAACCUAUACUUGAAGAAUUCCCUCUUAUAUACCAUCUUGAUGUUGCUGCAAUGUAUCCAAACAUCAUAUUGACAAACAGGCUACAGCCUCCAUCAAUAGUUACAGAUGAAGUAUGUACUGCAUGCGACUUCAAUCGUCCAGGAAAAAAAUGCCUAAGGAAGCUUGAAUGGGUUUGGCGUGGAGAGACGUACAUGGCAAAGAGAAGUGAUUACCAUCAUCUAAAGAGGCAACUUGAGUCUGAGCUUGUUGAUAGCAUAACUGGGCAACUUGCAAAAUCUUUCCUUGACCUACCUAAAGCAGAACAACAGAUGAAGCUCAAAGAGCGUCUUAAGAAAUAUUGCCAAAAGGCAUAUAAAAGAGUACUUAACAAACCAGUCACUGAACUUCGAGAGGCGGGGAUCUGUAUGCGUGAAAACUCAUUCUAUAUUGAUACUGUUCGCAGUUUUCGAGAUAGAAGGUACGAAUACAAAGGGCUCAACAAAGUUUGGAAGGGAAAGUUGUCUGAAGCAAAGUCAAGUGGAAAUUCUAUCAAAAUCCAGGAAGCUCAAGACAUGGUGGUGCUCUAUGAUUCAUUGCAACUAGCACACAAAUGUAUUCUCAACUCCUUCUAUGGAUAUGUCAUGCGCAAGGGUGCAAGAUGGUACUCAAUGGAAAUGGCAGGAGUUGUUACGUACACUGGAGCAAAAAUUAUUCAGAACGCUCGCUUGUUGGUUGAAAGAAUUGGAAGGCCACUUGAAUUAGACACUGAUGGUAUCUGGUGCGCCCUACCGGGGUCAUUCCCAGAGAACUUCACUUUCAAGACGAAGUAUGACUUUACUUGUAGAUUCACAUGGUUGCUUUUGAAUCUUUUUAUCACAAGUUACCUGAUACUUUCAUUUAUCCAAGGUCAUUUUGGGAUGGUUACAAAACCUGUGCUAACUCUUUUGUGGAUCAUGUGUAUCAGAGACCCAAAGAAGAAGUUGACGAUAUCAUAUCCUUGUGUUAUGCUUAAUGUAGAUGUGGCUAUAAACAAUACUAAUGAUCAGUACCAGACGCUAAAAGAUCCGGUCAAUAUGACCUAUGUGACACAUAGUGAAUGCUCAAUUGAAUUCGAGGUGGAUGGGCCCUAUAAGGCUAUGAUUCUUCCUGCUUCCAAGGAAGAAGGAAUUCUGAUUAAGAAGCGUUAUGCAGUUUUUAAUGAUGAUGGUACACUAGCAGAGCUGAAGGGUUUUGAGAUCAAGCGUAGAGGCGAGCUAAAGCUCAUCAAAGUUUUCCAGUUAGAUAGAUUUUUUGGAAGGUGGAUAAUCAUUAAGCAAGAAUCUCAGCAUAGGCUAUUGAUGCUUGAUGUGGUGAUUAAGAAAUGGAAGAGAAAUGCCAAAGAUGUUCGAUUUCACAAAACAAGAUGGUACCUGAGUUGGCAAAGAAUAUACCUAGAGGCUAGAACUGAGGCUGAACUAUUCGAUAAGUUUCUGCAUGGGUCAACUUUAGAAGAAUGCUAUUCUGCCGUUGCUUCUGUUGCAAACCGUUGGCUUGAUCUUCUUGAUAAUCAAGGGAAAGAUGUAGCGGAUAGUGAGUUGCUUGACUACAUAUCUGAAUCAAGCACAAUGAGCAAGUCCUUAGCAGACUAUGGUGAACAAAAGUCAUGUGCAGUGACCACAGCAAAGCGUCUUGCUGAUUUCCUCGGGGAUGCAAUGGUAAAAGACAAAGGAUUGCACUGCCAGUAUGUAGUUGCAUGUGAACCCAAGGUAUGCAACUCUUGUGUUCACUCCUUUGAAUACUAUAUUGGAAAAUGUGACAAUGACAACAUUAUAUCAAAACAACAAAAAAGAAACAGAUCACAGGAGAUAUCCAGUGAAGUGAUGGAUGUGCCAGACGAUGUCCUAGGACAUGAACUAUUGUCAUUUGGAACCCCAGUAAGUGAGCGCGCUGUUCCAGUUGCCAUUUUUGAAACCAAUGCCGAAAUUAUGAAGUUCUAUGUGAAAAAGUGGUGCAAAAUUUCAUCAGACAUUGGGAUCCGGUCCAUUAUUGAUUGGUCAUACUACAAACAACGGCUUAGUUCAGCAAUUCAGAAAAUUAUAACUAUUCCUGCUGCAAUGCAAAAGAUUGCAAAUCCUGUUCCAAGAGUUGUUCAUCCUGAUUGGUUGUAUAAAAGGGUUCGUGAAAAGGAGGACAAAUUUCGGCAGCGAAAAUUGGUUGAUAUCUUCAGUGUGGAGAAAAGAGAUGAUGCAGUGAGUGCCAAUAAUGAUCUUGAUACCACUAAUCACAAAAUAGGCGAGAUGCCUUUACAUACUUCAGUCCUAGUUUCUCCUCUUUCCUUGUUACUUUUACAGUCAACGGUUAUGCAAAAGGUGUUUGCACUGCUGAUGUCUGAGUUUCGUAAAUUAGGUGCAUCAAUCGUAUUUGCAAGCUUCAAGAAAGUUAUAAUCAAUACAGGAAAGUCAGAUCUAUCUGCAGCUAAAGCAUAUUGCGAUAGUAUACUCAAAACUAUACAAACUAGAGAACUAUUUGAGUGGAUUGAGCUUGAGCCCUUGCAGUUUUGGUCUUCCUUGCUUUUUAUGGAUCAGUACAACUAUGGUGGAAUUCAAGCUAGAUUAAAGGACAGAUCAGCAGAAGAAAAUUCAGAAGUGAACAUUGAAAGUUGCCCAGAUGAAUCUCAAGUAGAAAUUGUCUCGAGCUGGAAUAUUGCUGAAAACUUACCUAAAGCAACUCAGGAUCAUUUCAUCUUGAUCGUUUCUGAAUUUUUAUAUGAACCGUGGAAGUAUGCACAAGAACAAGCUGCAAGCCGAGCUCAUACAAUUGACGACUUGUGCACUCCGUCAAUCACAGCUGCAACUGCUGAAAUUCUUGAAUCACAGAUGAACACGUAUCUGAAGAAAGAGAUUGGAUCUUACUUCUCAGACAAACUUCUUAAAAUUGUAUGCGAUCCGAGUCUUCACAAGAGUGACCAUCCCAUCUCAACUGGAAGUUCACAACCUUUUAACAACAUUCAUAAGGGAGAUCCUGCUCUGGAUUUCAUCAAGUAUAUCUGUGCAGUUUUGGCUCUUGACCAAAAUGUUCAGCAUGAAGUUCUGAUCAUGAGAAGGAAUCUUUUAAAAUUGGUCCGCAUAAGGGAAUUUGCUCCAGAGGCCGAAUUUCAAAAUUUAUCAAUGACCUUAACAUUACCAAAUAUCAUUUGCAGUUACUGCAACGACUGUAGAGAUCUAGAUUUGUGCAGUGACAGGGCCUUAGUUGCUCAGGAAUGGCGUUGUGCAGUGCCUCAGUGUGGGCAACCUUAUGAUCGCGAGGUGAUGGAGAAUGCUCUUCUUCAGAUUAUACGACAGAGAGAACGACUCUUCCAUCUUCAGGACCUGGUGUGCCUUAAGUGCAAUCAAAUCAAAGCUGCACAUUUAUCUGAACACUGUGCAUGUGCUGGAUCAUUUAGGUGCAAGGAAGAUUCCUCUGAGUUCCGCAACAAAAUGCAAGUUUUCUUGAACGUAGCCGUGGAUCAGAAAUUUCAACUUCUUGAAGAAUGUGUGUCGUGGAUCUUAGAAGUCAGAUGAAGGUGAGGAUGAGAUGUUUUUCCAUCAGAAGUUAAAUGCAUGAUCGUGUUAAGUGACUGAUCUUCUACUCAUGAGAAAGUCGGGCGUUGAAAUCAAGACCAUAUUCUUAAACCACGAGAGGUUAAUCAACUAGUUUUGGAUGCAUAAUGAUCGCGUCAAUUAACAACAGUUUCUUCGUUCCCGAGUGCGUGUGCUUUUGUUUGCUACACUGGUUUCAAGCUCGGGUGAAGGCGGUUGAUUGUAAAAUUUAGUCGAAUCUUGUGACAUGUACUAUAGUGCAUAGGUUGAAUGACUGUUUAAUUUGCAUGUAUAGGAGAAUACGAACGAGGCAAAUGCAGGAAAAAAGAUGGAGAAACGUGAAUUAACUUUGUUAUCUUGUACAUUACAUGCCCCGUGUGGUUUAGAUCAAAACGAUUUUCUUGUUA